CUCUGUUUCUAUGUUUAUAAAGUAAAUAUGUUUACACAGCUUUUUAAAAAGCUUGACAUGCGUUUAACCAAUCACCAUCACUGAUAGUUCCUAUAGAGCUGGUUUAGACCCUAUUUUGAAGUAGGAGCUAAUUUAGUUCCUCCAAAAAGAGUUCCUCCAACUCAAAUCAUUCCUAGUUCCUGUGGUGCGAACAUGGCAAAAUCUGGGUACUUCAGCCCAUAGUUCAAGGAACUGUGAAAAGCCCCUUAUGUGGUUCAGAUACAUCUCGGAUGUCAUCAAAAUAUCUUAAUUUGUGUUUCUGAAGAUAAAUGAAGGUCUUACAGGUGUGGAACGACAUGAGGGUGAGUAAUUAAUGACAGAAAUUUCAUUUUGGUUUGAACUAACGUUAUUUCCCCAAAUGCUGAAGAUGCAGUAUAGCAGGGGAAGGCCAAAGACACAGUAUCUAAACAAGUGUUUCAGCAGAUUCUAAAAUUAGCCCCCCUCCCUGCUACGAAGAAAUCAGUGUAAACUGAAGACGCCACCAAAUAUAGGAUCCUGAUCCUGUUACUUACACAUACAUACAUGCACGUAAUGUAAGCAUGCAUCAAAACAAAUAAUCCAAGUACAGAACAAAUGCAAAACAAAUGUGCACGUGAAAACAUCCUGAGAUUUUUCACUAUAAACUUUGGUGAUGACUUCAGUGGGCCAGUGUCACCUUUUGUCCACCUUUUGUUCUCUUGAACAUGGAAAUGCUGCUUUAUUUGCAGAUGUUUUGUGCAAUAUUCCAAUUUUGCACAUGAGUUAAAUUCGCAUUUUUCGGUGGAAACAUAGCUAUUGUAGUUUGUGCAUAAAAUGUGCUCUGGUAGUUUGUGUGUUGCCUGAUGUCUGUUAAUGUAAUGUGUUCAGGCCACACAAUGGUGAGUGCCGAGUAAGCAUUAGCCUCACCAGCUGCUCUUCGCUUCAUUGGUGUGGGUGGAAUAUGCCAGUGCUUUGGCACAAUACACACCCGCCCCUGCAGUUUGGGAACUAGAGGCCAACAACAGCUCAUUUUUUUCUUUUUCUUUUCUUUUUUUUUUCCUCGCAUCCCUUCCACAGCAUGGGCUCAGGGAGCAGGAUUAAGUUUGCUGUUUGUGAGGUGCUUCAGUUUGCCAGCUUCUGUGUUCCACUUUUCAUCAUAAUGCAACGUUUUGCCCUAAUUGUAGCUCGAGUGAAAAGCCAGCCGCCUGGUGGGAAUUCUACUACAGCGUAUUGGCUGAUUGUGGCUUCAUCUGUGGCCUAUGUGACAUCAGUGGCAAUGUUGAUUUGGUUGCCUAUGAAGUAUAUGGUGUUCAUGAAGAAGAAGGCACUGGUUGCACGGAAGAAGUGGAGACCUGUUGCAUUGGCCUAUGUGGUUCUCUCAACACUGCCCUGUUUUGCCUUCCUUAUAGCCAGCUCUGAGGUACAGAUUAGACAUGAUCUGAGGUUGGACACGUUUGCUGAACUGCCGGUGUCAUUGGUUCUUCUCUCCCUGAUCUGCAUCGAUAUAGUGGAAAGAAUCCGAUUUUGCAGACUUACUGGUCAAGCUAACGAACUGACUCGGGAUGCAGACAUUCCUACCUUGGUGACACACGUUGGAAGAGUUACUCCUAUUGUCACUCCUAUGACGGGUCCAUUUCCUGCACAGACAGCUGGCACUGCUGGCACAGAACACGGAGCAGGUGCAGCAAACGGGAUUAUGCGAGGAUUACCUGGCGGUACUACAGUUCAAGGCAUUCCGGGCAAUGGGACGGUCCUGGGUCUCUCAGGCAGAACAACAGUUCAAGGAUUGCCAAACAAUGGAACAGUUCAAGGCCAUCUUGGCAACACUACAGUUCCAGGGUUGCCUGGAGGGAAUGGUGUCAUUACUAGAGUACCAGGCAACCACGGACAGCAACUUGGCAUGACCGUAACUGGUCCAAAUACUGGCGUACCCUUCCAAAACAUUCCCCCUCCAUAUGCUGGACCACUUGGCUUCCUACUGGCUAGCGACAGUCGUGCUGAAGUCUUUGCUGACAGUUUCCUGUUCUGGUUGGACACGGUAGAGAUGGUUCGGGUAGCAGGCCACUCUGCUGUAUAUUUUUCAGGCUGGGCAUUUCCAGUUUACCUUUUCUGCUUCCUCUCUACAAUGCGAUUGGUCCUGAUGCCUCACAGUUCCCUCCUCUCGCCUCUGGGCGUGGUCUUUCAGGACCUCCCCUUCUUGGUCAUGAGAUUGGCACUAAUUGGCCUUUUUGGAUUUGUAACACCAGUACUGUAUGUGAUAAAGAAUAUGCUGGUCUGUCUGGCCUACAUUUACUUCAACUUCAUGACAAAACUCAGGAUCUUCAACACUGAGAGGAUGUUUUAAUGGAGCUGCUUUGGGAGCAUAACAAGGGCGAGGCAUUAUUUUAGCAUAAUUAUUUUUGCAGUUCAUUAUAGUGGUGCAGAAAUAAAAACUAUAUAUUAAUGUUAAAAUGUACAUUCCAUGUACAUAUCUUACGAAAUAUUAGAAUGACAUAAAACAAACUAAAGGAACAUCAAAAUACUAACAUAGCAAUAACAGUGGCUCCUUUAUUACAUUACGGUAUAUCGUAUAAACCAGCAAUCCACAGACAGCACAGACAUAUUUCAAAAUACAAUUUUGUCUUUGUGACAGGAAAAAAAAAAAAUGGACAAUGGAAGCAUUUCUUGGAAAUCUAUAUUUUUGGUGGCAAUGAAAUACAUUUCUGGUUUCUUUGACUUCAGCUACUUUCAUGCCCCAGGGUUUUUUUUUUAUAAAAACAGAUUAAUUUUUAUAAAACAUUUUUCUUUUUGUUAUA